GAUUCCGAGGAAGGCAUUUCCCCCCGACCUCCAACCAACCAACCAAACCUAGCCCCUCGGAUCACCGGGCAUGCGCCGCGCCGCCGCCGCCGCCGCGUGAGGAGGAGCAGCAGCAGCAGCAGCAGCAGCAGCAGCCGGCGGGAUGGAGGCGGGCGGUGGGGGCGCGUCUUCGCUGCCGCCGUUCCUGAGCAAGACGUACGAGAUGGUGGACGACCCGGCAACGGACGCCGUGGUGGCGUGGACGCCGUCGGGCACCAGCUUCGUCGUCGCCAACCAGGCCGAGUUCUGCAGGGAUCUGCUCCCCAAGUACUUCAAGCACAACAACUUCUCCAGCUUCGUGCGGCAGCUCAACACCUACGGCUUUAGGAAAAUUGAUCCUGAACAAUGGGAGUUUGCAAACGAGGAUUUCAUUAGGGGACAAAGGCACCGGCUAAAAAGUAUACAUAGGCGCAAGCCUAUAUUCAGCCAUUCAUCGCACACUCAGGGUGCCGGACCACUAGCAGAUAAUGAAAGGAGGGAAUAUGAGGAGGAAGUUGAGAGGCUUAAGUGCGACAAUGCAGCUCUGACCUUACAGCUUGAAAACAAUGCACACAAGAAACUUGAUACUGAGAGACGAAUGCAGGAGUUGGAAGAUAAGUUGAUAUUUUUGGAGGAUCGGCAGAAGAAUCUGAUAGCUUAUGUCAGAGAUAUUGUAAAGGCACCAGGAUUUCUAUCUAGCUUUGUACAGCAACCUGAUCAUCACGGAAAGAAGAGGAGGCUACCAAUGCCUAUUUCUUUCCAUCAAGAUGCAAAUACUCAGGGGAAUCAGAUUACACAUGGGGACUUAACAAACUCACCGGUCCAUGCGGUUUGCAGAGAAUCAUUUGACAAAAUGGAAUAUUCCUUGAACUCAUUGGAGAAUUUCUUUCGAGAAGCUAGUGAAGCAUUUGAUAUUUCAUAUGAUGAUGGUGCCCCUGGCCCUUCGUCGGCUGUUGUUAUCACAGAGCUCCAUUCAUCUGGGGAAAGUGAUCCUCAUGUGCCAUCGCCUCCUUCAAGGAUGCGUACCUCAGCUGGUGUAGGAGACUCGCACUCUUCUCAUGAUGUAACAGAGUCGACUAGCUGUGCAGAAAGUCCUCCCCUUCCACAAAUGCAGUCCUGUACAGAUUCACGAGUUAAGGUGUCAGAGAUAGACGUCAAUUUAGAGCCUGCUAUUACAGAAGCCGGUCUUUCAAGAGAUCAACCUGCCGAGGACCCUCCUGCUGUAGCACCUGGGGUAAAUGAUGGAUUUUGGCAGCAAUUUCUUACUGAGCAGCCUGGAUCCGAUGCACAUCAGGAGGCCCAGUCAGAAUGGCGAGAUGGAGACAGUAAAGCUGAUCAGAUUAGAGUAGGAGACCGGGAAAAUUUCUGGUGGGGCAAGAAGAGUGUGGAGCAGAUGACAGAAAAGCUGGGGCAUCUCACCUCAGCAGAGAAAACCUAACUGUUUGUAUUUCUUGUAGAUGAAAAACAAUUAGCACAGAAACACGUAGGACCAUGGUACUGCUGACAUCCACUUUGCAGUGUAUCAUACCUUUUCCCUUGCAUUUUGCUUGUGUUUAGAACGUUGGAGGGACUAGUUAUGAUACUUCACUCUCAUACUUGGUUAGUUGAAACUUUCUGAUACUACUUGUCAGCAACUUGUAUGAUUUCUCAGGUUUGUGGAUAUUGUUAUAUAUCACAGGUGACUUUGAAUACAUAGACUGUAAGCAACGACUCAUUUUUCAUA